UGAUCAAUAAGCGUUUAACAACCAUACUUAAACAUUUUCUUCCUUAAUUUCCUCUGUGAAUUUCUCAGAGGCAGUGCUAGAGGAACGAGAGAUGUGUAAUGGUAAAGAAUGCAUGAAUGAAGCGGCAAUCAAGGCUGCGGAAAUGAAGAGAAGCGUUGUAGAGAGUAAGGAAGCGCGGCGGAGAGGUGGCGGGGGUAAUCAGGGCGGUGGAAGGAACGGUGGUGGUGAGAAGAAGUGGAGUGCUAGGAGGGAGGAAGAGAAGCUGGAGACGCUCUUGCAGUUGAUUUUCUGGGGACCCAAUUAAGGCAUUUGGAUUCUCUCUUUUCUGUCUGGGUUUUUGGGGACCCAAUUAUGAGGAAAUCUUGUGACUCAAUUUUGGAAGCUAAUGGAAAUUAAUUAGCCUGUAAAACGUGUUUAACUUGUAAAGUAAUCUAUAUGGUUGAUUUUUUAUUUUU